AUGCCCUCCCUCGGCGCGGGGCCCCUGCUGCCGCUGGGGUCGGUGGUGAUCUUCCUCGCCGGGGCCAAACGCCAUGCCCUGCGCGGCGCCUCCCUCCCCUCCGCCCACCACCCUGCCACCCAGCUGGGAGUGUCGGGCGUCGUGGCGUGCGGCGGGCUGGCCACCGCCGCGCCCCAGGCGCUGGACAUCGUGAACGCCACAGGCCCCAUGUGCGGCGUCGCCCCGCCCAAGCAGGCCGGCGCCAACUCGAUGGUCGUGCCGGAAAAAUGCAUCGGUGCGUCGAAGAAGGCCAAAAGGCGCAGGAGGCGCGGGGGGGGCGCUGGCGACGGCGACGGGAUGGACGAUGGCGCGGGCGGAAGGGAUGGUGGGGGAGGGGAGGGGGGUUGGGGCGAUGGGUGGGGAGAGGAUGGCCGGGAAUGGGGAGAGGGCUCCACGCGCCUGGCGAUGUGGGCGGUCCUGUGCGUCUACAGCAUGGCGCAGUCCGUGUACUUCGUGCUGUUCGGGAACGAGGAGAAGGCGCAGGGACCUUUGAUGGCCGCCAUCACGAGCAGCCUCUGCGCACGGGUGCACGCGAAAUGCAGGAGGAUGGUGCUGAAGAAGAUAUGA